AAUGGAAUCAGCAUCUUUUUGGACGUUCAGUUCAUGUGCUCAGAGGAAGGAAAGUGAUUCGAUUCAUCAUCAAUCAAGAAAUUGCAAUUUACAGCGAGUGUUUAUUCUAAUCAAUCUGAUAAUCUGAUUUCCAAUCUGAUAACCCGAUUUCGAUCUGCUCCAGCGGAUGGCGCAACCAGUUGAUCGGAAUCGUGGAUUUGCAGGUUCAGUGGAAGAUUUCUUGGCGAAGGCUUUGGAUGCGGCUAAGAGUGCUGGGGAGAUUAUCCGUUCUGGAUUCUAUGAGUCAAAAGUUGUUCACCACAAGGGCGAGGUGGAUUUGGUGACGGAGACUGACAAGAAAUGCGAGCAACUGAUAUUUGAUUUUCUAAAACAACAAUAUCCUAACCAUAAGUUCAUUGGCGAAGAAACGAGUGCUGCUUGUGGCACUGAAGAAUUGACUGAUGACCCUACUUGGAUUGUUGAUCCUGUAGAUGGCACAACUAAUUUUGUGCACGGAUUUCCAUUUGUUUGCGUGUCAAUUGGACUCACAAUUGGAAAAAUCCCUACAGUUGGUGUUGUAUACAAUCCGAUUAUGAAUGAGCUUUUUACCGCAGUUAGGGGCAAAGGGGCUUUUCUCAAUGGAGAACCCAUCAAAGUGUCUUCUCAAAAUGAGCUAGUGAAGUCCUUACUUGUCACUGAGGUGGGUACAAAGCGCGACACAGCUACAGUUGAUGCUGCUACAAAUAGGAUCAAUUCCUUACUUUUCCAGGUCCAAGCCAUUCGGUCGUGCGGCUCCACUGCAUUAGAUUUGUGUGGAAUUGCUUGUGGAAGGCUUGAUCUUUUCUAUCAACAUGGAUUUGGGCCCUGGGAUGUGGCGGCUGGUUUUGUUAUUGUCACUGAAGCCGGAGGACUUGUAUAUGAUCCGACGGGGAAGGAUGCCGACAUAACAAUUCCACAAAUUGCGGCUUCGAAUCCUCACCUAAAGGAUGUUUUUGUUAAGGCAUUGCAAUGGAAAUAGUUAAAAAUAGCAGGAAUCAGGUAAAUUUCUGACCUGAUUUCUAUUAAUUUGUUUAGCAUUCUGAAAAAUGCAUCUUUCUCUGCCCUGCAUUCGCUGAUAUUUGUAAUGUUAGCAUAAGCUGUUACAGAAAUUUGGAUUGAAAAUGUCUGAUGCUUAUGAAUUCUCUAUUUGUUUCAAUUAAAGAUGCUUGCUCCAA